ACAAGUAAAUAAAAAAUGGAUCAUGAAGAAGAGUUUCUUAAUACUUUUUUUGCUCAAGUUGCACAAUUGUGUACUGACAAAGCUAAAGAAUUAGUUGAAAAAGAACGUGGAUUAUGUCACCAAACUCAAAUGGGUCCAUGGGGAAUGCUCCUUAUGCAUUUACCACAGAUAGCUGUAGCAGAACAUUCAUAUGCAGAUCUAGGUUUUCUUCAUACUAAAAAUAAAGGGUUUCUAAGGAAAGAUAAUUCAUUAAGAACAGUAUAUGAAUCUCUGAAAUCUGAUUUGAAAAGAGUUGAGGAAAUGACCAGAGGAACUAAUUCGAUUGGGGCAACAGUUGCUGAGGUUUCUAAUCAACUGUGUCAAUAUAUUACAGCAAAAAUACAGCUAAUAGAUUUUUAUGAAAAAAUGUAUAAUAUGAGUAUCAAUAGUAAAACUAUGAAAUAUCUGGAAUUAUUACAAUGUAUUGAAGGAAUAGUGGAAACUCAUUCUUUGUCUUGUUCGCAUUUAGCAUUAACUGCUAUUAAAGCAAGUUUAACUUUGGAGUGUGAAAUAUUGGUGCAAUUAACAAAGGCACAGGUUGAACUUCAACAUUGGAGAUUUCUACCAACAUUAAUGGCUCUUUAUGGUGCACAAACACGAAUGUCAGCUUGGGAAAGAACUUUACAAAGUAAAGAGUCAUGGAAAUUGGGGUUCAGCGCUACUUUUUUAAAAGCAAAUCAACAACCAGCAUUGUAUCAGUGGUUAGUGAAACUACGUAGUAGCAUAUUAGCAAAAUGCUCUUUAUAUUUUCACACUACUUUAAGUCAGCAGGCUAGUCCAGGAGAAAUGAGAAGCAUCAUGAGCAAGCAAAAUGUGGAUUAUUAUCAUAAAAUACAAAGUUUCCAACGUAAACAUGAUGUCCUAGCAGUUUUAAUAAUAUUUGACUCUCGAGGAAUAGAAGAUGCAGGUCCAGGUUACAGACAUCCUCGUAGGGAACCAAAUAUUUCUGAACAACUUCCUGUUGUUCUUAGUUGUCCUAGUGUAUUUAUACAAAAGCCAUCGAUUCAUUUGGAUACUAUACAGAAAGUUAUUAAAGAACGGCAUACAGAGCUUCUUGCUAUGGAUAAAAUUAUAUAUUGCAAAAAUGCUAAAGAUGUGUGUACAUAUACUAUGUAUAAUACUGAUCCUAGGAUGAUAGUAGUCAUUGUUUUUGAAAGUGGCAGACAAAAAGAUAAGGAAGCUCAUGUAACAUCAUUUAUGACAGACUUAUGUGUACAAAUUAGAUGUAAUAAAGUAUAUGAAUCGUUAAAACUAUCAAAAUAA